GAUUUCAUUUCUCCAUGAACUGACUAAGGACUAAACAAAGAAACGAAGGAAGUUAUUGUUUUCAUAUAAUUCCGCCGAACAUCAUCGGACUACUCUUCUAUUUCUAUCUAUCUAUCUAUCUCAGUUCACUCUCCUUCGUCGUCAUCCUACUCCUCCUUCAGAUUGUUACGGCGUGGCUUGAUACAUACUUCUUAUAGAAAACAAUAAACUACUUAGGUGGCUGAUAUCCUUGCCUCAUAUAUGCUUUCCGCAGUUAGUGAACCUCCAUAAUGGCGGAUCUCAAGGAGCGGCUACUCCCACCAAAACCUGCAUCGGCUUUUAACGUAAGAGAGGGUAUCAAUCGACCAACGGCCUCUGGAAGGCAAGCUUUUCAAGGAGUGGAUGUUGUGGAGGUCAAGAAGCGAGGCCAAGGUCUUAAAUCGUGGAUCCGUGUUGACACAUCUGGAAACUCUCAGGUCAUUGAGGUAGACAAAUUUACUAUGAUGCGGCGUUGCGAUCUUCCUGCCCGUGAUCUUCGCCUACUUGAUCCUGUGUUUGUCUACCCAUCAACAAUCCUUGGUAGGGAGAAGGCUAUUGUUGUAAAUCUGGAGCAGAUACGGUGUAUUAUUACAGCAGAUGAGGUUCUUCUCUUGAAUUCCCUUGAUAAAUAUGUAUUGCAAUAUGUGAUUGAUCUUCAACGACGCUUGACAACAACUGGGGUGGGCGAGGUAGGCGAGGUCUGGCAAUCAGACCAUUCUGACAUGAACCAAAGGAGAGGCAAUAGGAAUUUUGAAAAUUUAUAUAGCAACAAUUCACCUGAUUAUUUACCUUUUGAAUUCAGAGCUCUUGAAGUUGCCCUGGAGGCUGCAUGCACAUUUCUUGACACCCAGGCAGCAGAGUUAGAAAUUGAGGCUUAUCCAUUGCUGGAUGGACUGACAUCGAAGAUCAGUACUCUAAAUUUGGAACGUGUUCGUCGUUUGAAAAGUAGACUUGUUGCCCUGACUAGGAGAGUUCAGAAGGUUAGAGACGAAAUAGAGCAGCUUAUGGAUGAUGAUGGUGAUAUGGCUGAAAUGUACCUUACCGAGAAGAAAAGACGAAUGGAAUUGUCAUUUUAUGGAGAUCAGUCUAUGGUUGGAUAUAGACCGGUUGAUGGUGCAUCCAUCUCUCUUCCAGUCUCUCCUGUUUCAUCACCACCCGACUCUCACUCUCGGAGGCUUGAGAAGAGCUUGAGCAUUGCUAGGAGUCGACACGAGAGCAUGAGGAGUUCUGAAAGUAAUAAUGAAAAUAUAGAAGAACUUGAGAUGUUGUUAGAAGCAUACUUUGUUGUCAUUGACAGCACUCUAAACAAGUUGACAUCGUUAAAAGAAUACAUUGAUGACACUGAAGAUUUCAUCAACAUUCAACUGGAUAACGUGCGGAAUCAGCUUAUCCAGUUUGAGCUUUUGCUCACAACUGCAACAUUUGUGGUUGCAAUCUUUGGAGUGGUGGCGGGAAUAUUUGGGAUGAACUUUGAAAUUCCAUUAUUUGAUGUCCCAUCUGCAUUCCAGUGGGUCCUUAUAAUAACAGGAGUUUGCGGAGUGUGUAUAUUUUCUGCAUUUGUGUGGUUCUUCAAGUACAGAAGACUCAUGCCCCUAUAAGAAGCUACACCAACAUGAACAUGAUUAAAACAAUUGCAGGGUGGCAUAUGAUGUUAUGCGUUUUUUUUGUCUUAGUCAUCUGGUUCUCAGGGAAAAGGGACCCUGGUAAUUCGGAUGUGAUGUUUUGCAUUUGUUAUGCAAUCAUAAAAUUCAAAUGCAAAGCCUGCUCAUAUCAAGGGCAAUUUUCUAAAUUCAAUUUUGUAUCAAUUUUGGAAUAUUCCUCAUGGUAUUCUGAUUCAGCAAUGUCUGUAUAGUGAGACUAAAUUAAUAAUUGGUUGGAUAAAGCAUCUUUUUAGUUCCUAUUUUUA